CCACACACACACACACACACACACACCGAGCAGCUCGAGCCCCAGUGGAGACGCUGCUGACGCUCAGCUCGCUCCACCGACAACACCAAGUCACGUUCUGUUCUUCUCUGGCGGAACCGGAGAGCGAAAGUCUUUUAGGAUUAUAUCUAUCGCGUAUGAUAUGUGGAGCUGAACGACCGGUCGUGAAGGAGGACGCGAGGGGAGAUAUAAAAAAAGAGCGAAAGGGAGAAAAGAAAAGGUGGUGUCCUCCCAUCAGAAACACACUGAGACCAGCUUGACAGCACAGAACGGAAGGAGGGAGGGAGAGAGAGAGAGAGAGAGAGAGAGAGAGCGAGAGAGUCGACAUCUGUGAAUCACAUCAAGGCAGCUGUGGUUAGAGUGGACUGCAGUUAUUUUACGAACGAGAAGCAGAGAGGGGGACAGAAGUGGAGAGAAGGAGAGGGGGAUAGAAGAGAGAAGAGGAGAGAGAAGGACAAAAGGAGAGGGGGCCUGGGUGAGUUUCCAAGCCCAGGACGGUGAACCCUGAUCGGGGGUCUUUCAGGCGACAGUGGGGUUAGACCAGGCCCCUGGAGUUCCUCUGGAGAGAUGAGGACCUCUGAGAAGACAGUGUUUAGACGCAGCUGAAAAUAAAAUGAAUGCUGACUCUAAUGGAUUCUGUGAUUACAGCAUGGAUUGACCUUUUCUUCUCAUCUGAAGGGAUAUUUUCGGUUUUUAUAUGGACGUUUUUCUGUGUGGAAAUGUGUCUAUUUUUUCUAAAUUAAUUUGGAGUUUCAAAUCUUUCUGGUGUGGAUUUUAAGGAGGCUGUUUAGUUGACUCUGUGGAUCUGAAACUGCCCCAGUCAUCUGGAGGGAUUUAAACAAUAACUAUUUUGGCCUUGGAUUUCUUUCACAUAUCAUUUUUUGCUGGAGUUUUGUGUUUUUUUCCAAUAUGUUUUUUUCCAUACAGUAAUUGAGACUGCUUUGUAACCUUGGUAACCAAGCGGUAACCAGGCGUCAACUGAGCGGUAACCAUGGCAGCAGCCUAUCGCGUGGUAGUGAGCAGCGUUAGUUGCUACAGCAGCGUGGUGGUGGAUCGUCGGGCUCAGAAUCACGCGGUGCACUACUGCUCCGGGUCAUGUGGGGCGCUGUCUCAGGGACUGGACUGUACUGUGGUACAUCGCAGCACCUGCUCCGAGCUGCUGACCGCCCCCUCACACACACACGCUCACACACACCCCGACCCCUCACACACAUUCACACACAACCUGACCCGAAACGCUAACUCUCCUCACCAAAUCCCCAACAGCUGUAAAUUUAGUAUCACCAGCUCUAACGGGAGUUUUGGUGUUCCUAAUGAUCCUAACAGUGUGUAUGGUGUGGUGGGUGAGGACAGUCCUCCAUGGCGAGGUAAGAAGGCCAACACUACGACCACUACUACCAGUCCUGACCGGCCUCUCCAGAGCUCUGCCAGUCUGAAGGACAUCACAGGAGAAGCCAUCAACCUGGCCAGUGGCAAACUCAAAGAGUUCUCCUUCGAGAAGCUCCGCCUCUCCACCAGCCAUGUGACCUUCAGGAAAGGUCGCAAGGUCAGGCCGGACUCCUACAGCCGUCGGUCCACGGACCUCGACAUCGUCUACGGACACUUCACUGGGAACGUCGGAGGAACGGGGAAUGGGACAAUUACCGGAAAUGGAAACGCCAAUGAUGAGAACCUGCCUCCUUUCAGCGACACCAUCAAGGUGCUCAAAGGCCUAUCGCCUGCUAGCAUCACCGCCGGGGGUGGGUCUCUAUCCACAACCAGCCUAUCCAGUGUCUCCAGGGCCGGGGGCGGGUCCACCAGUAGCCUAUCCAGCGCCUGCUCUGGUUCCUUGGAGGCGGGGCUAAACACAGUGGCGUCUCUCUACCUCAGCUCAUUAGCCGACGAGUCCCUCAUCGCCCGGUUACUGGAGAAGACCCGUGCAGGGGAGGAGGGAGGAGUGGGAGGAGCAGGGGGGGAAGACAUACGGGCCUGUCUGGACAUUCUGGUCAAGUGUUCAGAGGACUUGAAGAAAUGUACUGACAUCAUCAAGCAGUGUAUCAGUCGGAAGAGUCCCGGGGGAGGGGAAGAUGGGGGAGCCAGUCCAGAGAGCAUCUACAGAGCUGUGAUGACCAGACUGAGCUCCUAUCUGAGGAAACUGCCUCUAGAGCUGGAGGGGGCUGGGUUAGGGUUAGGGUCAGGGGCAGGAGGUCAAGGGUCAGGGAUUGGAGGUAAUAGCGAGUUGGCCGAGCUGGUUAGUAGUCUUCAAAUGCUGCAGCAAGCUGCUGUCCCCUUCUCACCCAUAUUUGGGAAUGAUCAACCGCCACGGUAUGAGGACGUUGUUCAGAGCCCUCCCUUACCCAAGAGCAGGGAUCUACUGCCACCCUCAUCACUCGCUCCAGACUCCUCUCUCCCUUUGUCCACUACGCCUGAGACAGCAGGGAGACAUAAGGUUCAGACCAACGGGCUGCAGCACACACACACUCUGUCACACACACACUCUCCCUCACCGCAUACACACACGUUGUCCGUUUCCACCCCUCAAUCCCAGGCACACACACCUUCAUCACAAACACACACUCCGUCAGCGCGCGCACACACUCCGUCCAUCUCCCCCAUGGAGGCUCUCUUUAUUGAGGAGGAUGCAGACCUGGGAAGGGGGCUGAACAGGGCUUCCAGACACACACACUCACACGCACCGACCAGAAGCCUCACACACACUCACAGUCGGAACGGGACAGCUUUUAGUCCACACACACCCCCCAGCUCCGCGCACACACACCUCAGCCCCAAUCUGUCACACGUACACGUUACACACACACUCCAGUCUGCCGGUGAAGACCUCACCCGCCCCCCAACCUCCGGACACACCCCUCCUGUCACUCAUAGAGACGACGACAUCGACACACUUCUGAUGGACUUGGAGUGUCUGUCGCAGAGCAUGGGUCGGGAGAGAGACAGAGUCAGAGAGGGAGAGAGAGAAAGAGAGACGGAGCCCCCUCUCCCCGUUAAGACCAGACAGAGGGGGACAGGACAGAGGAACACCUCCCCACAAACCCAACCCUCUCUCCAGACACAAACUCAAAUCAACCCCCAGGCUCAAAGGCCUGUUCCUGUUAGCCACCUAACCGCUAACGCCCAGGCCACUAGGUCGACCCCCAGCUCGCCUGCUCCUCUCCCCCAGGCAGAGGGCAGCGUGGUGGGGCUGGGAGAUGAGGAGGACAGGACCCUGCUGCUGAGGAUCCUGGAGAGCAUUGAGAGCUUUGCCCAGGAGCUGGUGGACUCUGGGGGUAGUCCUGGGAACACUGGGAAGACUGGGGCUCAGAGCAAAGAGAAGGAGGUGAUGAGACUCCUACAGGACACUCUGGCUACUGCAGCCAAGACUGACACUAUGACGCAGGCCAAACUACCUGGAUCUCCACCAGCUGGGCAAGAUGAACCUGUAUCCACGCCUGUACAUGUGUCUGCCUCCACACCAACACCUGCUCCCAGACCUACAUCUGGUGCUGUGUCCACACCUGCACCCAGACCUACAUCUGGUGCUGUGUCCACACCUGCACCCAGACCUACAUCUGGUGCUGUGUCCACACCUGCACCCAGACCUACAUCUGGUGCUGUGUCCACACCUGCUCCCAGACCUACAUCUGGUGCUGUGUCCACACCUGCUCCCAGACCUACAUCUGGUGCUGUGUCCACACCUGCACCCAGACCUACAUCUGGUGCUGUGUCCACACCUGCACCCAGACCUACAUCUGGUGCUGUGUCCACACCUGCACCCAGACCUACAUCUGGUGCUGUGUCCACACCUGCACCCAGACCUACAUCUGGUGCUGUUCCUACAGCUCUACCUGUCUCUUCAGCUCCCACACCUGUCCAUGUCCCUGCCCCUGCCCCUACCCCCACAACCCUAGCAGAGCCUGUCGCUACAGACCAUGCUACACCUUCUGCCCUACCCACACCUGUUCCACCACCUACAGUCGUACCCACACCUUCAGAAGCGGCUACAGUUGGACUGUUAGAGGCCGCUAGACGUGAACAUCCACCUGUAGCUGACCUGACAGCUGUACUCACCACCAAGGCCAUCCCUCCACCGGCUGUAACACCUGUCCCCUCCCCUGUCACGCCCCCUACACUCACACCUGUUGCAACCAUCGCUGCUCCUCCUGUUGCCAUGAGACACCCGGUUUCCCCUAGCGAUGUGGUUGCCCUGAGAGACAUCGGCUCGACGCUGCUCAUCCAGCAGACGCCCGAGGUGAUCAGAGUCCAGUCCAACAAGCAAGAUAAGAAUCCUGGCACCCCUCCUCCAGCCCCUCUCUCCCCCACCCCCUUCGUUCCUCCCCCCCACCGCUCCCCCUCUCCUCCCCCCACUCCAGUCGUCCUCACCCCUCCUCCUCCACCUCCCCCUCCUCCCCCUGCCCUCAACAUUCCCCGCUUCUACUACCCUCGAGGGUUACCGGGGGCAACAAAAGUUAACCACGAUGCGGCCAUCAGUGCCAUAGAAAAAGCCUUCACAGAGUUUGAGGAGGAGAAGGCUGAUAUUUACGAGAUGGGCAAGAUCGCUAAGGCAUGCGGCUGUCCUCUGUACUGGAAGGCAGCCAUGUUUAACGGAGCGGGAGGAGAGAGGACCGGCUUCGUCUCUGUUCACUCCUUCAUUGCUACCUGGAGAAAGUUGUUACAUAGUUGCUAUGACGAUUCGUCUAAGUUUAUCUACCUCCUAGCGAAGCCUGGCUGUACCUACCUGGACCAGGAGGACUUCAUACCUUUAUUACAGGACAUAGUGGACACCCACCCGGGACUGACGUUCUUGAAGGAUGCCCCAGAAUUUCAUUCCCGUUACAUCACCACCGUGAUUCAGCGGAUAUUCUAUGUGGUCAACCGCUCAUGGACGGGUCGCAUCACCAUGACGGAACUACGCAGGAGCAACUUCCUGCAGACCCUGGCACUGUUGGAAGAGGAGGAUGAUAUCAACCAGAUAACAGAUUAUUUCUCUUAUGAGCAUUUCUAUGUGAUUUACUGUAAGUUCUGGGAGUUGGACACGGACCACGACCUUUACAUUGACCCUAAGGACCUGGCUCGUUACAACGACCACGCAUCCUCAAGCAGAAUCAUUGAGAGGUUGUUCUCAGGAGCUGUUACACGGGGUAGCUCAGUGCAGAGAGAAGGGAGGAUGAGUUAUGCAGAGUUCAGCUGGUUCCUCAUCUCAGAGGAAGACAAGAAAAACCCUACAAGUAUAGAGUACUGGUUCAGGUGUAUGGACACAGAUGGGGACGGUGUGUUGUCUAUGUUUGAGUUGGAGUACUUCUAUGAGGAGCAGUGUAGUAGGAUGGAGGGGAUGGGCAUUGAACCCCUACCCUUCACAGACCUGCUCUGUCAGAUGCUAGACCUUGUCAAACCUGAAAGCCAAGGUAAGAUAACCCUGUCUGAUCUGAAGAGGUGUAGGAUGGCUCAUAUAUUCUUCGACACGUUCUUCAACCUGGAGAAAUACCUGGACCACGAGCAGAGAGACCCCUUCGCUUUGCAGAAGGACAUAGACAACGAGUGUCCAGAGCCUUCAGACUGGGAUAAAUACGCUUCAGAGGAAUAUGAGAUCCUGGUGGCGGAGGAGACGGCUAACGAACAGCUGCAGGAGGGGACGUUUGAUGAUGACUAUGAGGAGGCGGAGCUUCCUGUUCAAGGAGAGAUGGUUGGGAAUAAGAUGGAUAAGCUGCUCAUAUCAGAUCUGUCAGCAUGAAAUUCCCAAAGCCUGGAAUACCGCUCCCUUCUCCUUGGAUAUACCGGAGACAGGGGAGAGAGGAAGAGGGAUGGACAGGGAGAAAUUGGUAAAAAGCUAAAGCGAUGGAGGACUCCAAACUCUUUCACCUUCUCCUUUCAUACACAGACAGGGACAGAAGAGAUAGUGAAAGAUGGAGAGAAGGCAGAGGGAUGGACUGAAAAAGAGAGAGGAUGGACAGAACGAGAGAGCACUCUGGCAGCUGUCCUCUCAGCCCUCUGUAGGAGAAAAAACGUGUUUUCCACUCUUUUAUCUUCAUUGGAGUUUGUGUGUGUGUUGUGUAUGCAUGUGUUUGUGUUUGUGUCAUCCCAAAGACUGUGUUUGGUGCAAUAAUGUGUCUUAACAUGUUUAACAUGUAGAAGUAAGAAAGCACAAAUCCUGAUAUGGAGAUACUUCCUGUAUUAUGUGUAUAAUAACUGCCAUAUAGAGAUUUUCCACUGACAAUCAACUACUAGACAAUCAGCUAAUCAAUCAAGUUGUUUUCAAAUGUGUCAAUAAACACACACACACACACGCACACACACACACACACACACACACACACACACACACACACACACACACACACACACACACACACACACACACACACACACACACACACACACACACACACACACACACACACACACACACACACACACACACUGUACAUACACACAGCUCUGUGCAAAACACCGCCAUCUGGUGGUCACUAGUUAUACUGCUGGCUGCUCUUACAGACGAGUGACGUUUGGAAAAGGGAGUGGUUCCGUUUAUAAACAUCAUAUUCAGUGUUCUAUUUCAGAAUGUUACUGUUUGAAUAGUUUGAUAAGGCAGGCCAUUGUGUGUUUGAUUCAUUUAGAAUUAGUCAAAUGUUUCAUUCUAUUUAAGAUAAAAACGCAUGUCCUGUAUAUUCCGUCCGUAUACUUUUCAAAGAGCUCUCUCAUGGCAGAGGCUGCGUCAGAAAUCAUCCACAGUGUACAUAGACUGAGCUGUAACGAACUAACUAUGAACUAACUAUCUCUCUGGUAGAGAUGUUACUGUAAAAACCAAAAUGGACAUAUGCAGAAGUGACACACACACUUGCUAGCCACGAGGCACCCUGUCGACACGUGGAACAGAACAGUAAAGCUAGCAGGCGUUUACAUGUGUCACCAAAGGGGAUGUUCAAAUAGCAUGAUGUUACAGAUGAAAACAGUGGGCCUAACUAACUGCCAUCUAGUCAUUAUCCUUUUCAGCAUCAAUUAUUCUUUAGUUUGUCACUGGUGAAUGUUGAUGGUGUUUUAAAGCUGUGCGUGUGUUUGUGCGUGUAUUUGUGGGUGUGUGUGUUUCUUUAAUAGCAGCAAUCUGUCCCUAUAUAUCCAUUGUAAAUGUGUAUUUAACUCUACAUAGUCUAGCCAUUGUGUAAAGAUGAUGUAACUGAUGCUUUGUGUUGCUGUGUAACUCUGUGGCUCGACGGGGUUCGGUUAUGUGGCGUGUGACCCAAAUGCACAGGGAUGAUUGGUCGGAGGUCAUAGAGGGUCACACCCACCAGACAAUCGACUGUCAAUCAAUUUAUCAAUCACCUAUCAACCAGUUUGAUAAUCUGAUUGGGUAAUAAGGAGCAUCUUGCUGUGACUGGAUUGGGCACACUGGUAGCUCCUCCCUUUAGAGAGACUCAUGCUGCUGAGUAACACACACACACAAACACACACACACACACACACACACACACACACACACACACACACACACACACACACACACACACACACACACACACACACACACACACACACACAAACACACACACACACACACACACACACACACACACACACACACACACAUGUUUAUAAGACACUGCUAUGCCUGACUCUAUGCAAACAAUCUGCUUUUUUGCUCACUGCCCUGGGAACACACACACAUCUGCUCUGUACUAGGUGCACGGGGCAGGGUGAGAAGCCAUGAUGGAACUGCCUCUGACAGGAGACACCUCUGCCGCAAUGAGGACUUUUACUUUGAAAUGUAUGUCUGUUUUAAACAACUUUUACUUCGAUUUUUUUUCUUCUGUUAUCUGAUGUUUUACUUCCAGGUUGAUAAGGCUUCAGUAGAUGUUAUUGUGUUCGCAUGGCUUCCUUCUUUCUAUCUCUCCUUGUUUCUUUCCUUUGUUUUCUUCUAAAACUGAAUUCAAAUAAAGACGAUUUAAGGUU